AUGUGGAAAUUAAAUGGACUCUUCAGAACUGGAGAAGCUCAGUACUAUCAAGAAGAGAAGGUCUAUGGAAAACUGCACAACAGGGCAGCAAUUGCUCAUCUGCAAGUUGAAGCUGAAGAAAAAACUUUAAAAUUGCAUGGGAACCAAAUGCUGAAAAACUCCAUGUACAAAUUACAGUUCCAGAGAAAAUACGGUCAACCAACUUUUUUACCUAAUAAUUUUAGAGUUUAUGGUUAUAAUGGAGGAAGAAGUAUGAAAUCACUUGACCAACGUUAUCAGAAAUUCUGCUACUACCAAGGCUUUAUUGAAGGUUUUCCAAAUUCUAUGGCAAUCAUUAGCACAUGCACUGGACUCAGAGGCUUACUGCAGUUUGACAAUGUCAGUUAUGGAAUUGAACCCCUGGAGUCUUCCAUAGGUUUUGAACAUGUAAUUUAUCAAGUCAAACAUAAGAAUAAAGGUGUUUCUUUGUAUGCAGAAAAGGAUAUUGAGUCAAGAGCUCUUCCGUAUAAAAUACAAAGUAUUGAGCCAGAAUCAGAUUUCUACCAGUAUAUAGAAAUGCAUAUUGUAGUUGAAAAACAAUUGUAUAAUCACAUGGGUGCUGAUUCAGGUGUUGUCACAGAAAAAAUGUUUGAGUUGAUUGGACUGACCAAUGCAAUGUUUACUUCAUUUAAUGUUACGAUAAUUCUCUCUUCACUUGAGUUUUGGAUAGAUGAAAAUAAAAUUUCCACUACUGGAGAUGCUAAUGAAAUCUUAAACAGAUUUUUAAUAUGGAAACAAUCUUUCCUUGUUUUGCGACCACAUGAUAUGGCAUUUUUUCUUCUUUACAGAGAAAACAUAAAUUAUAUUGGUGCAACCUACCAAGGGAAGAUGUGUGACAGAAACUAUGGAGGAAGUGUCCUUAUGCACCCCAAAACCAUAAGUCUGGAGUCGCUGGCGGUGGUUAUGGUUCAACUCCUGAGCCUGAGUAUGGGGGUACCUUAUGAUGACAGGAGCAAGUGCCAGUGCCCAGGAGCUGUCUGCAUCAUGAGUCCAGAAGCAAUUCAUUCCAGUGGUGUGAAGAGCUUCAGUAACUGCAGCAUGGAAGAUUUUGCACGUUUUUUUUCAAAGCCUACAUCCCAGUGUCUUCAAAAUCAUCCACGCUUUGAUCCUUCCUACAAGGCCGCAACUUGUGGAAAUGGAGAACUAGAAGAAGGCGAACAGUGUGACUGUGGAUCUAAGGAGUCGUGUGCUGAGGGGCUAGGGAUUUGCUGCAAUCCUCAAAGAUGUACACUGACCGAUACAUCCGCAUGUGGACAAGGAGACUGCUGUAAUAACUGCCAAUUUAGGGCAAAAGGAGAAGUGUGCAGGGCCCCUUCAGAUGACUGUGACCUCACUGAAUACUGCAAUGGAACGUCUGCAGAAUGCCAGGAAGACUUGUAUGUACAGAAUGGACAUCCAUGUGAGAAGAAAUGGAUCUGCCUGAAUGGAAGAUGUAUGAAUGGGUCAAAACAAUGUAUCACGACAUUUGGUGACGACACAAGUUUUGCUUCUGAUAAUUGUUUUAAAGAAAUUAACUCUAGGAAAGAUCAAUCAGGAAACUGUGGUUCGAGUGGUGGACAAUACACUCCCUGUGCAGCUGGUGACCUGAAAUGUGGAAAACUAAUCUGCUCAUAUAGCAAAAAGAAUGUAAUUAAAAUUCAAAAUGCCACUGUUCUGUAUACCAAUGUGAAAGGAGAAAUCUGUGUCACAGUGGACUAUUAUAGUAAUAAUACUGAAAGCAACAUGAUGUGGGUGAGCGAAGGAACUGUUUGUGCUAAAAAUAAGGUUUGCAAAAAUAUGAAAUGUGUUGCAUCUACAUACUUGAAUUAUGACUGUGAUGUAACAAAGUGCAAUAAUAAGGGUGUAUGCAAUAAUAAAAAGAACUGUCAUUGUAACCCUACCUAUUUACCUCCAAAUUGUCAAAGUGUAGACCAAACAUGGAUUGGUGGGAGUAUUGACAGUGGGAAUUAUCCACCUACAGCAAAUGCCAUUACCCCUGACAGCCGUUACAUUGAUAUUGAUUACAGUACCAAACCGACGAGAUGGCCAUAUUUCUUGCUCAUUCCCUUUUUCAUUAUUCUCGGAAUAUUGAUAGCUGUAUUGGUGAAAGUUACUAGGCAAAGAAAAAAAUGGAGAUCAGAAGAGUAUACAAGCGAUGAGCAACUUGAAAGUGAAGGCGAAACCAAAGAGUAG